AUUGUAACAAAGUGGAAGCAAUUGGGAACAACAGCAACUCAGCCACGAAGUGGUAGGCCACGUAAAAUGACAAAGUGGGGUCAGGGCAUGUUGAAGUGCACAGUGCGCAGAAGUCACCAACUGUCUAAAGAGACUGUCUAAAGAGACAGACUAAAGACCUUCAAAACUUCAUGUGGCCUUCAGAGAGCUUCAUGGAAUGGGUUUUCAUGGCCGAGCAGCUGCAUCCAAGCCUUACAACACCAAAUGCAAUGCAAAGCGUUGGAUGCAGUGGUGUAAAGCACACUGCCACUGGACUC